AUGAAACUUUCGUAUAGAGAAGACAGCAGAGUGCAAAAUGCCAUAGGAAAGAGCGAAAAGAUGUUCUUUCGCGGGCUGGUGGAUGAGAAUGGGUUCUAUGAGAAGGAAGAGAGCGUGAAAAUAAGCGACAUAAUAGAAAACUACGGAGACUUUACCAUAAAAGCUGAAAAGAACGGGACAGUUGCCAUUGUCAGCAUAAAGAUUCAUCUAAAGCAGAAUGAACAUCCAAAAGAAGAGAGCGAACGUGCAGAACAGACAGAUCUGGUGCUAGAAGGGGAAAGGUGCUCAGUGGAUGUAUCUGCUGCAGUUAUCAGGGACACAGGGUCAGUGCAGGAGAUCAUCCAGGCUUGUCUAUCUGUGGCCCAGCAGAAAAUGUCAGUGCCCGACGUAAAGAAGCUAUUUGGGACUAAAAAAUCAGUCUCAUACGAUAUUUUCAGACAGAUGGAAACAAAGAGAAAUCAGAACACAAAAACAGCAACGUAUGGAUCGGUUGAGGAAAGUUUUUACAUCUCUCCGAUACUCCAAGAGAGAAGCGCCUCUGAUGCCGUUGUGACCAUCACUUCCAGCGGAGAGAGCAUCACAAGAGUUGAAAUGGAGCAGGGCGCAAUAGCCCCCAGUGUUCUACAGAAAAUCAUCCAUUUCCAUCUGAUGCACUAG